AGGAAGUAAUUUAGUGUAGAGACAAAUUGGAAUGGUUCACGACUAACUGGAUGUAAAGAGCUAUACUGGUUUUGUGACCAAAGCUAUAACAUUAUUUAAUAUAAAAUAUCGCUGCAGCAAGAACUGUAUCUUGUGAUGCACGUUAAAUCACAUAUAGUUGUAAUAUAACCAUUUAGUUAGAUACAGUAGCUAGCUAACAGUCAGUAGCUACUUUCACACUUGUGCUGGAUCGAUGUAAACUAGUUCUGCUGGUUUGUGACACAUCGUGCAACUGGGUGCUGAAAAUUACUCUCUUGGUGAGAUAGCAUCGGAAGAACUACAGCUGGACGUUUUAGAAAUUGUUUGACUAUUUUUUCCUUACCGGUUAGCCAAUAUAUUUGGCAAACGGAUGUGGCUGCCACCUGCUAGCUAACGUUAGCAAUUGCUUGCAGUUAGCUAUUUUCCACUGCAAAUUGGUGACAUGGCCAUGACAUGCUGUUAGCUACUGUAAUCACAGCUGUCAUUUGAAUGUCCACGUUUCCAUGUCAAUGAGAAUUAGCUAUAGUUUGCUAGAGACCCCCCACUCUGGAAUUUGGUCUGGCACUGUUCGCCACCGAGUUCCCGUCCACGCAAGCUAGCUGAUUUGUUGCUACUAUUACUACUUGUCAAGAAUAGGAGGCGGUGGCAGCUUUGGUGGAUACAUUUCUGCCUCAGCUUUAUAGAGAUCACUGCCGAGGUGAAAUACUGCAGUUCAUGUUUCGACAAGAAGUCAGUGUACUGUCUUUUAUUCCGUCUUGUUCCUACCUUUUCCAACACGAGAAGAGGAAUAUGUCUAGAUAUAACAUUUACAGUCUUUUAGACUGGUUGUAUGGCGGCGUGGACCCAAAGUUUGAAGGCAACGGGGGCCCAGAAUGUGCCGCCUUUCUUGCACCGCAACAACGUAUCAGCGAGAGUUUUGUCAUGGUUCUGAUUUCCAUCGUGGAAGUUGUCGUCGCAUUGAGAAAAAUCAACAUUUGUAAAGAACUCAAAGAGAUUGCGAAAGAUGGGCCAAGGACGAAACAGGACAGUUUCGGCAAGAACCUGUUGCUGGUUGCUCUGUGUAUGACGUUUGGAGUAGAGGUCGGAUUCAAAUUCGCCACCAAGACCGUAAUAUACCUACUGAAUCCAUGUCAUGUUAUGACCAUGGUGCAGAUCUUCCUGCUGGCCUGUCCGCCAUGUAAAACAGCCAUGGUCAUCUUUAGGCUUCAGGUCCAUAUGCUGAACGGUGCUUUACUGGCCCUUGUCUUCCCUGUGGUCAACACUAGACUGCUUCCGUUUGAGAAGGAGGUCUACUACAUUCAGCAUUCCAUGCUCUACCUGGUGCCGGUAUACCUCUUCAGGAAAGGAGGUGUGUACAAGCCGGAGCCCUUAGGGGACAUGUGGUGGGCUAUCCUCUCCACUGGCAUCUUGUUCCUCUAUCACUUCCUGUUCCUGCAGGGCCUGGGCCUGAUGACCGAGGUCAACCUGAAUAACAUGUUGUGUCCAGCGGUGUCUGACCCAUUUUAUGGGCCUUGGUACCGGGUUUGGGCUGCGGGUCACCAGACCCUGCUGACCCUGGUCCAUGGGAAGGCCCUGACCCUCUUCUCUUACCACACCGGCCCCACCUGCAGGUACCUGCUGGACACCGCAAGACUGCGCAGCAAGGUCGACUGAACAGACCGACAAACAGACUCACACGGACGUAGCCUUUUUAAAUCCAAUGCCUGUUCUUACGUUGGGAUUUUCUAUCAACAUAUUUUUUAAUGCAUCUUGUACAACUUACCUUUUUACUAUAAAGAAUUAGGCAUUUCAGGGUGAAAUUAAACAGGUGUUAUUUUUGUGUUAGGGAUGGCUUGCAUUGUUUGCAUGCACACAUGAUGGGAAGACUGGAGUUGGUAGUAAUUGGUGUGUGGCUGGCCAGGGGAAAUUAGCCUUUUAUUUUGUCUUGGUCAGAUUUCCUGAACCUGAGUUACUCAUGUUUUUAAAAGUUACUCUUUUUUUUUUAUUUCUAAAGUUGCCUUUUGUAGUUCUGUUCAGAAAAAUGGGGCUAGCCCACAUAUCACUGAAUUGUCAUUGUUACUGUACACUUUAAACUCUUAAUUUGUGCUUGCCAUGACAGUUGGCCCAGGUAUGGGUAAAGUUGCCCUUUUGUGUUUGUAUUUAAGAUAACGUUAUCUUUGACAUGUUUAAUCCAUUGUAAAAGCCAUCACUUUGUGAUAUUUUGUUUGUUAGAAGAGUAACGGUUGUGACGCAUUUGUCUGUCAUAUCUGUGGUCACAGCCUCUGCUGAUAAGGACAAACCUGUUCCUCACGUCUUUGCUGGAUCAAGUGGUAUAAAUGAGAGGGCUCCUGCA